AUGAGAACCACAGCAUGGGCCUUCCGCUCGCAGGUGACAGAUAGCGUGCACUGCAGCGACGCUAGACCACAGAAGAAGAACGGUGAUGCACUGGGGGUCUUCGCGAGUGACUUGAAACCUUCCCUCACACUGAUGAAGGCGUUGGGUCUGCUGCCCAUAAAAGGCCUGCAAACAGCGAACCCUGUGUUCCGGCCAACUUCUGGUAUCUUCAUGUACUCGCUGGCGUGUUACCUGGUGAUGUCUGGCUUGGCGACCUCCGUCGUUGGCUACGUGCUCAUAUACCUGAGGAAGCACCAAGAUAACUAUGAUGGCAGCGUCUUCAACGUGAUCUUACUUGUCUCUCUUGUGCCAGGCUUCUUGUUACACCCAUUGUACUGGUUCGAGGCAAAGAAGGUCGUCGCACUUCUGAAGAAGUGGGCGGAAUUUCAGGAGAUGUUUUUGAAAACUACUGGGACAAAACUGAAUCUUGGCCUGCGGCGCCUGUCGAUGUUCUUCACAAUGGCGGUGCCACUGGUCGUGGCCCUGAUAGUCAUGGCGGAGCUGUUUAUAUUCAGCUUACCGCUACCGAGUCUCACUGUUGCGUAUACCGUCACCGUCAGCAUGCUUGGGGACCACGCCAUUCUGUGGGUGCUGCAGUGCGCUGCCAUCUGCCGGUCGUCGCAGUUAAUAAAGGAUUGUCUCAAGUUGGUAAGUUGA